AUGCUUUGAUCGGCACCAAACAAGAUGAUGUCCUUAUAGCCAGUUUAGCCGCUAACCAAGACGAGAAGUUGCAAUAUUUUUGUCAGCUCUGUCUGAAACAACCGGUGCGGGUGUUUCGCAGUUUUCAGGAAGAUGUUACCACGACAGAGCUGCUAAUUUGUGACUUGUGAGAGGAGAAUAAUUAGCAAAGCUGGUUAGCUUAGCUUCGGCAUCGACGCCAGCGGUUACAGCGUCUGUUCUCAGCUAACGUGAAUGUUUAUUAGCAAACAGAACGAAGCAGAGGAAAUAGCUUUAAUAAAUCUAAUUGCAACAGUUGUAGUUCCGGGGAUGCCAUUGUUCUUGAAGACGAUAAAUAAAAGUUUGUGCUAAAAGUGUAGGUAGAGUUUGGUUUUGAUGGUUUAGGUUAGCUUAGCGAUAGAUUAGCUAACUAGACGAGUGUAGUCAUGGACGAUUUCAGCUCGAUCAGCCUGCUGUCCCUUGCGAUGCUGGUGGGAUGUUAUGUGGCCGGAACAAUACCUCUAGCAGUCAACUUUUCAGAGGAGAAACUAAAGCUGAUCACAGUGCUGGGAGCAGGGCUGCUGUGUGGGACUGCACUUGCUGUUAUCAUUCCAGAGGGGGUACACGCACUUUACGAAGAAAUCCUAGAAGGUGGACACCACAGUCAUGGUCAGGUCGGAGUUGUGGAGGUGUCUGAGGCAAAGGGUGAAGCAGAAUCAGCUCUUGGUGUGAGUGGAAAACAUGAGCACAGUCACGAACAGCUUCAUGCCUGCAUCGGAGUCUCUCUGGUCCUGGGCUUCGUCUUUAUGCUGCUAGUCGACCAGAUCGGCAGUUCUCAUGUGCACAACACCGAUGAUCCGGAGUCUGGAAGGGUCACCUCCUCAAAAAUCACUACCACACUGGGCCUUGUAGUCCAUGCUGCAGCUGAUGGAGUGGCACUGGGAGCUGCUGCCUCCACCUCUCAAACCAGCGUUCAACUCAUUGUGUUUGUUGCUAUCAUGCUUCAUAAGGCUCCAGCAGCAUUUGGCCUGGUAUCGUUUCUCAUGCAUGCUGGUCUUGAAAGGAACCGCAUUCGCAAACAUCUCCUGGUCUUUGCCUUGGCCGCACCUGUCCUUGCCAUGCUCACCUUUGUAGGCCUCAGCCAGAGCAGCAAAGAGGCCCUCUCAGAUGUGAAUGCCACCGGAGUCGCCAUGCUCUUCUCAGCCGGCACUUUCCUCUACGUGGCCACCGUCCACGUCCUUCCUGAGGUAGGGGGCGCCGGCCACAGCCACUCACCUACAGGGAACGGAGGGAAGGGACUGAGCAAGGUGGAGGUUGGAGCUCUGGUGCUGGGCUGCCUCAUUCCUCUGGUGCUGUCUGUCGGUCAUCACCACUAGACCCGCAGCUCGGGACCAGGUCAAAUAUCAUGGAGGAAUAAGACAGGUGUACAGGGGAAAACGGCCCAAAUAGACUUGAAACGUGGAUCCAAAUGUCUUAUUGCUCGCAUGCUGAUGGACCUCAUGGACCAGACUGAUGCGAGGAAAUGUCUCCUCGAUUCCGAAUGAAAGUUGUUGCGGUGACAACCAAGACCCACAGGAGGUUCUUUCUGCUGAUCCAGACUACUGUAUGUGUCCAUUUAUGCCACAUGAAACGUUGAUAUUUUUGUUAAGAGCAGCCAGAGGUGGACCCUUUAGCUAUGUUUAGUUAGAUCAGUGUGGCAUCAUUGUGCUUGUCCAAAGUCAAAGAACCAACCCUGAUUUGAGAACAGCAAUGUUUUACUAGAUGACAGUUGCACAGUGAGAUUUAGAGUAUCUUGAUUAAGCCGAGUAAAACCUUUUUUUUUUUUUUUAUAAUUGUACAGUGAGUGUAAAUCUCUUAACAACAAUCCCAAAUGAUUUUCAAGUGCCAUAUUAGCAGAUGAAACCAGAUCUUGAAAAGACGGUUCCAUAAGUAUAUCACAGCUUGUAGAAGACGAUCUCUCCUUAUUUUUUAUUUUCAGACAAGGUUUUGUUCAUUGCUAUAGUCACAAAAAAAUAACAUAACUAACUCAGUGCACCCACCAAUUUUGCUUUGACGUUUGCAUUUUUUCCUCAAAAGGACAUCCUACGCUGUGAUUUAAGUCUUGUUAUGGACUGUAGAGAAGUCAAGCUGCUUCUCCUGAUUGUAAGGUUAUGAUGGAUAAAACUACAAGCCUGAGCCCUGUGUCAGAAGAAGACACAUCCAGCAUCAACAACAUGAAGUUUUUGGGUGUACAGAGUUCUGUUCCGAGCGAAUAAGUCUAAGUAUCCCAGGAAAGAUCUGUACAGAAUUGUCUUAUAGAGGCCUAUUUAGAGGUGGAGGGUUAUUACAGCUCUUUCUUUGUGAAUUACUUCCCUUAUGAAGGGCAUUAAGGAGUAAAAUGAAUUUGAGGGACCAUGGGUUCAGGAGAAAAUGAUGUAUUAUGCCAUUACAGAUCGCCUCAUUUAUUCAUUUACUAAUCAAAUCUGAGCAAUAAUGAUGAAAAAAAGAUUUUGGGGCAAAGCUUCUUAUCUUUCAGGAGCCUGAAAUGGAUGUGAACAGUUAAUCUUCAUCUUGAAUCUUGGAUCUUAACGUGUGGUUCACAUAUGAGGGUCUGUCAGAGUCCAGAGUGCAGCCCCAGUAUCAGUAAAAUCGUAGCCAGUUGAUGCAUAAACAUUUGGGCAGGCUGCUCCCUCUUUUAUCAGGACACGUGGAUAUUUGUGAGUGUUACUGUAUCACUGGGCCUGAGCUCAUGUGUUUGUAUAUGUCUGUAAGUAUGUAUGUAUACUGUACAGAGUAACUCCUUCCUUCCACAGUCAACACGAUCUCUUGUGUGAGAUGCACUGCUUACUCACAAGUACAUUUUUUUUUCUAAUUUUUUAAUUUGUUUUGGGGACAUGGAUGGACUGUUUUUGCAGUACUGACACAAGAGGCUACAGACUGCUUGAGGAGUCUCUGUUUUGUGUAUAAAUUAAAACAAAAAAGUUUUACAUGUGAUUUCUCACUUAAUUCCAGAUUUUACUCAUGAUAUUUUAGGCUUUUCUGUGCAAAGGCAAACACGGUGGGAUGAAAAAGGGUGGAACACAUGCAGCUGCAUGUUUUAGAUUUUAAGGAGAAGCUGUUUGUAGUGGAUCUGCAAAAAGGGAAAACCUCCUUCACAGUGUUGCUUCACACCUUUGACAUUGAGGACAGCCCCAUUAUGUGUAAUUACAUCUCUCUGUGUGAACACUUGCAUCAGAACCCUGCUAUAAACAGUGGUAUAAGCAUUUUGUUUACGCUGAUGCAAACAGUUAAAUCUUUUAUUAUUAGUCUUACAAAUCGUUCACAGCUCACUUUUUAUGAGAAAUCGCAGCAGAUGUAUUUAUAUUAAACAAAUGACAAUAUGAAUGAUAGAUAGGCAGAUUGUCUGAACUUUAACAGUUCAUCUCUAUCUCAUUGGAGAAAUCAUACCAUUUGGUAGUUUUCAAUAACUAAAAAAUAAUAGAUAUAACAACUAAUACAACCUAUUUAUUAAGUAAUUUAGCUGCAACUAAAAUUUGAUUAUUACUUUGUCAGCAGUUUAGGAUUAGCAGGUUUGCUUUUAAAGUUUCUUAAAAUAGUACCAAAAAGUCAUAAUUUUCAAGACAAUUAUCAGAAUAGUUGCAGAUAAAUUCCUUUCUAUCAUCUCCGAUCUUUCGUUUACAGUUGAGCAGAGUUGAAGUGUGUUCGUCUAAAACUAAAAGUUUGGCUAAUCAAACAAAUCUGUGUUUAUGAAGAAUGUCAGUUUAAUAAUUUCUGUUCAUGAACUUAAAUGGAAUCCUGCACUGAUAGCAUCUUGGGUUAUAUGUAACUAAAAAUAGAAAAAGUGAAGUAUAUAAACCCUUAGAAGUGCUAGAUAAUUUCUCUCCGACAGAGAGAAAACAGCACAUACUGGGGCUGGAUUUGAAGGUUAAUUUUCAAUUUUCGAGUUUUAACAGCAGGUUAAUAUUUGUAAUGGUUUCAGUGGGGUCACUCUUUAUUUAUUCUGUCAUUCCAGAAUGAGUCUGCCUUAUUUCCAUACUUCAGAUUGUGAAACUCAGUGGUAAAACAAUGUGUUUUAUGAUGAUUGAAUUAAAGUUUUUUAGCUGGUGCAAAA